UUAUAUUUGAUUAAAGAAAACGUCAACAAAGCCCUAACUCCCUCUUUCUGGUCCGCCGACUCGAUCCUUCCUCGUAACAGCCUGCACCACCGAUCCUCGCCGGACUCCGAUCGCAACUGGUUCCCAAACCUCGCACCUUACGUCUUGGUCUCUAAUUGGACUUUGAUAGUCAUGUACCUUCAGUUUUACAUCAAUGAUAAUGGUGAUAAGGUCUACACCACCAAGAAAGAAUCACCACUUGGUGUAGCAACGGAAUCCGCUCAUCCAGCCCGUUUCUCCCCUGAUGACAAGUACUCCAGGCAGCGAGUUCUUCUCAAGAAACGAUUCGGUUUGCUUCCAACCCAGAAACCACCACAGCAGUACUAAAUGAGUAUAUUCUGCCACUGAACUGUUUUGCCUGAGUACUCUUACUUGAUUAGACACUUUGUUAUAAGUAUAAUUUUGCAGAUUUUAUUAUUUGAACUGUGAACUGCGUUAAGGAGUGUAUAGACCACUUCUAUCAAGUUUCCCAAUGGGGUUUAUCUAUAGAUGACAAGUUCAUAUAUUGAUGUUAUGAUUGAUUCAAAUGGUUAUUCUGAGUAUUGCUUCAAUAAAUGAAAAUUUGAGUUAUAUGCACUCA